AUGCCCAAAGUCGUCUCAAGGUCCGCGAUAUCCACCAGCGCCGACGCGCAACCCACAGCGUCGUCUAUCGCCGCGCUGAGAGUAUAUUAUUGUCUAUGCGGAGAGUUCAUCCUAGUCAUAGAUAAGCACCUGGGCAACCUUCCGCGGCGUCAGACCGAUGGGGCGACCAUAGUGCGCACGCAGGAUACAGCUGAAGGGAAGGCGCGAGUUUGGAAGCUCAAUGCAGGAGCUAAACUUGGCGAACCCAUCUUCAUAGAAAGAGGUGAUAAACACGAGCGACAAUGGCGUUAUUGCUGCCCCCGUUGUUCUCUCCCUGUUUGCUACCAAUGCACACCACCCCCUGCCAAGGCGCCAUACAUCUACAUCAUCAAGGGUGCAUUGACACAAAUGCAAGGCCAAGUUCCUACAGAGGCCUUUGAAGGAGAGGAGGCGGUGACCGCAAUGUGA